GGAUCCAAUACCCGCACUUUCCACUGCGCCCGUACCUUUUUUGAACGUCCCAUUUUCCAAUCCGUCACUUUCUUCCUUCCUCCAAAAAAAAAAAAAAAUGUCAUGGCUCGCACGCUCGCUCGCUGACUCUCUACGGCUUGACGACGACGGUGGUGCCGAGAAUGACGUCGUACCGAACAACAACGACAAAGCACCAAUCUCACCCACCACCGACACCAAACCCCAAGAAGAUGACAAUGGAAGGAGUGGAAUUGAAUCUGCAGACGAGGAACAAGACGACGCCCAAACCCGAGGCGUGAAGGAUGACCUCGACGAAUUCAAACAAACCCUGACCCGCCAAUUCUGGGGCGUCGCUACCUUCCUCGCGCCACCGCCUUCGGACCCCUCCACGCUGUCCAAUCGAUCAGGUCCCGAUUUCGAUCGAUCUGAGCCGCCCGAUAAUCGGCCCGAGCAAUUGGCGAUGGAUUUGAUUGAAGACGAAGAGGAUGCAUUGGAAGAGUGCGCUGUUGGGGUCACUGAGGAGGUCCUGGCUUUCGCUAAAAACAUAGCGAUGCAUCCAGAAACGUGGCUGGACUUUCCUCUUGAUGAGGAAGAGGACUUAGGCGAUUUUGAAAUGUCUGAUGCCCAGCAAGAGCAUGCUCUGGCGAUUGAACAUUUUGCUCCAAGAUUAGCUGCUUUGAGAUUUGAACUCUGUCCAUGCCAUAUGAGCGAGAGUUACUUCUGGAAAGUCUAUUUUGUGCUUCUGCAUUCGAGGCUCAAUAAGCAGGAUGCGGAGAUUUUGUCCACACCCCAAGUAAUGGAAGCCAGAGCAAAGUGGAUGCAGGAGCUACAAUGUCAGACUAUGUCAGAAUACGAAGGAUUUGGAAGAAACACGUCUUUUCUAAAAGACAAUUCUAACAUACCAAAUGACGAUUUUGUUCCGGUCUCAUCCUGUAGUGUUUAUUAUGAGGACAAGCUGCUAAGGACACAUCCUUAUGAAUCAACCAUGUCCUCCACAGUCCAUGAGACUGAGAAGCAUCCAGUUGAGAGUAAUGAGAUGCCAUUCAUUGAUAAGUCUGUUAUUGAAGAAAAUCCCAUCAUUAAGACAGAGGAUAAGAAUUUAACAGUUGGUCCAUCCUCUAAGAUACUAGACAAUAUCUACGAAGAUGAUGAGGAUGACUGGCCAGAGGAAGAUUCUGAUUUAGACGGAUAUAGUGGAACGGCUAUUCAUGUGGUAAAUGAAGAAGACAUAUCUUUCAGUGAUCUCGAGGACGAAGAUUUCCUUACACCCACAAAACUCAAGAUUGUCUCAAAGGAAUAAGAAACCUCAAGGAAAGAGAGGUUAAUCAUCGGUACGGUGCUCUGCUCAUUGGAUAAAAGAUGGAACCUUAAGUCAUCUGAUGAACACCGGUGGUGAGGACUUGUAUAUCACUUGUCAAUUGCCCUGCCAAAAUAGUCAUACACUAGGACUCUUCUAUGCACCUGCAGAUUGUUGUACUGAAUAGUCCUGCACUGGGACUCUUCUAAGUCGUUGCUGAUUACCCUACGGAAUAGUCCCACACCGGGACUCAAGCCUCUGGUGAUGCAAUUUGUUCUGAAUACCAAUUUGUACAUGAUGGGUUGCCACCUUGUCAUUGAAGUCUUUACAGAAAAGUAUAUGUUUUGAUUGAUUGUGAUAGGAUUGUAAUUACAAUAUUUAGGGAUUUUGAGAGAGGGUACAAGAGGUCAU